AAGGUUGUUUUGGCCGGAAGUCGCCUGAUACCGGUGAAGUGGAUCGAGUCCACCGCCCAGUCCGACAGAAAACAUCAAACUAACAGGAAAGAAACACAUAUAAAGUCUGUCAGUGAAGUUAAAGUGAGCGGUGUAUCCGUGGAGAAGUUUCCCACUCCGUUUAAAAACUGUUCAAAGGGUUUAAAGCGACAUUUGACGGCAGUUUACAGCGAACGUUAGCUAACUAUGUGUAGUUAACUCCCUGAUUAGCCUGAGAAGCUAACCCGAGCUAACAGGAUUAGCUCUGCGGGCUCAACGAGCACACGUCGGUUAUUUAAAUGUCUGUGAAGCGGAGCACCUGGUCGAGCCAACCUGGAGAGCGGUAAAGGAUGCUCCAGGGGCCGUACGGCAGCCUGGACCGGGACCGGCCCCUCAUCCGGCUCCCUUUCACCAGCUUCGCUGUGGGGACGGUGCUGCUCCCUCUGACCGGCCUCAUCGCCUGCCUCUUCAUCUCACUCGUGUACCACUUCGAGGACGCAACAUUCACACACUGCCAUGUUUCAAACUACCUCCCGUCCAUCAGCGCCGCCAUCAGCCGCGUGCCGGAGCGUUACAUCUGGCGCUGCUGCAUUGGCUUACACUCCGCGCCGCGCUACCUGGUUUCCAUCGCCUACUUUAACUUCUACUGGGGUCGCUUCACCAACAGGCUGCCGGAGCUGGUGCUGAGCGGUCUGGCUCUCCUCUGCAGCCUCGCCGAAAACACCGGCCUGCUGCUGCUCACAUACGUGUCGUCCACCGAAACCUACAAUCUUCAUAAGAACGGUUUCAUCGUGUUCAUAGGGAGCUCGCUGCUGCACAUGCUCAUUACCUGCAGACUGUGGCAGGUGAUCAGGAGACACUACGUGAACCCAGAGGAAAUGACAUCAUAUCGUUGGAAGGUGCGUCUCUUCCUGUUUAACGUCAGCUGUUGUCUGGCUGCUGCUUAUUUCUUCAGACGGCACAACAAAUACUGUGAGGCAGGAGUCUACACCCUGUUCGCCUUCUUCGAAUACCUGGUGGUCUUCUCCAACAUGGCCUUCCACAUGACUGCCUUCUGGGACUUUGGGAGCAAAGAGGUGAUGGUGGCGACGCCUCCUGAGGACAAACGAUACUGAGCAGCAGCUUCACCUGUUGACCCUUUAAAAAGGUGAAAAGAGGCCAGGAGACUGGUUCCAACUCUGUGCACACAUGAAGGCCUCAUGCAGCCUCGUUCACAUUACAUGAGAACUGAUACUGAAGCCUGAUGAUCAUUCCAACAACACCUGAUCUGAGACCUGCUCGUCAUGUUUGGACCGACGGCCUCGUCAGAGAGUUUACAUGUAGAAAUGUACCGAUAAUUAGUGCCGAACCGAUAGCAGUGCAUUAAAAAAUAUAUAUUAUUAUUAUUUUGUAUAGUAUUAAGCUGCUGGGAAGUAGCAGGACCAUGUUUCCAAAGAAUAUAUUAUUUGGCAUCAGAUCGGUGCAAAGACUGAUUUUAAGUGUCAGAGGCAUUUCUAAAAGUGGUAUCUGUUUUAGAACAACCCAAAAAAUAGUUUUUAAACUCGGUUUCAGCAGAGAUGGAGCAACAUGUUCCACCCAUACGUGUUGAGAACAAGUUUGUCUCCAAAAAGCUUUUAAAGAAUAAAUAUGUCUCAAAAACAUU